AUGACACGGGUGUCCACGUCGAAACGUCGGGUGGCGAAAGAGUCGCCGCUACCGCUUCCAUCGCUACGAGAAAUACUUGAGUGCUACGUAAGGUUUCUGGAACCUCUGGGUAAUGUAGAAAACAAGGAGGAAAGUUUAUCAUUCAUCAGAGGCGUUUUGCUGUCACUUCAGGCGAGCAAAGGAUGCGCGCCGGACCAAUUGAGAGAUGCAGUGGCCUAUUUCCGUUUGUUGGAAUCCAUCGCAAAGGCCUACAAGCAAUUUUGCAACGAGUCUCUGCACACAUCACACAUGACACCUCUGUGGAACGCCAUGUACCUCAGCACCAGAGAUCCACUUCCCUUCGGCUGGAAUUACACUCUUCAGCUGGAUAGUCCGCCUCUUGACAAUCUUGCAAAGGGUGUUGGUGUUUCAAUGCAGGCCCUACGCGCUUCCAUUAUUGGCACGGCUUCUUUACAUUUCCGCAGUUUGCUGGGAAAUCCAAAGUUUUUUACCCCUGAAUUUCAGGGUCGUGUGCCCAAGAUGUGCCGUUUGGAUCUCAGUUUAUGUGGCGAUCAGUUUACCCGCUUGUUUCGUACCGUCCGUAUUCCUCAUGAAGGUGUAGACGGAUUGCGUUGGUCUCUCACAAACAAAGUCCUUGUGCUCCACAGAGGUAAUGCGUUCGUUGUUGAUUGGAUUCGUUUCGGUGGGAUAAACGGAAAUGGCAGUUUAGAAAGGAUUUGCGUGGAGGAAAUUAUUGCCAAUGCACAUCUGAUAGAAGCUCUAAAGAGCAAGGCGUUAUCGUUACCGCGAAAUAGAAGCACUCCGUUGGUUCUGGCCAACGGUUGCCGCAAAAAAUGGGCACGAGCGUUUGGUAAGCUGUGGUUAGAACAGUCCUCACGUGAAGCACUGGACGAAAUUACGUCCUGUAGUUUUGGUAUUGCCUUGGACGAAAACACCGAUCUUUCACGCUGUUUACAUGGAGGCGCUUGUCCGGAGAAUCGUUACCCCGAUAUGAACGUUACAUACGCUAUCGGCCCAAAUGGCGAAAGCAGCUGUAACAUGGAGCACUCGUGGGGCGACGGAAGCACUCUCGCUGCCGUAUGCGCCUUCGUCAAUUACUACAAUGUUUCGUUUUCCAGAUGUUUUACCGGUGCAAUCGACCCUCCUAAGACAUGCCUCACGGUAAUGGAGGCACAUAUGCAUAUGGUGCAUUGGGGAAAUGCCAUUUGCACUCACGUACUCCAAGAUAUUCAAAAAUUUCACCGGGAUCAUAACCUAAGGGUAAAACAAAUGACAUUGGCCCUGCGACGGGUAAACGACUUUGGGACCAACGAAAUUAAACAACGUUGUGGAUCGAGUCCCGAUGCUUUCAUGCAUGCAGCGUUUCACAUUGCACAGAAGCGACUUUUUGGGGAUCAACGCUCGACCUAUUGCGCUCUUCUGAUGAAAAAGUAUCAUCACGGUCGGACAGAAACCCUCAGGACAGUUACACAUAGCACGCAGACCCUUGCUAAAUUGGUAGAAUCCGCGAAAGGAGAACGGAGUUUUUCUCCAAAUAUACGAACGGCCCUUCAUAAUGUUAGUGAGGAGCACCGUGAGCGCAUUAUUCUCUGCCGAAGCGGAAAGGGAUUUCAUCGUGCGGUAACCCUGCUUUCUCGUUUCCAUAAGGAAGUACAAGAACGGCUUCACCACAACCCUUCGACCGAUGUGCCUUGGGAUGUUAACAAAGGUGUGACCCACGUGGAGAAAAUGUUCUUCGCUUCGCAGGCCCUUCGAGAGCUCUGUUCCGAUUAUUUGUCGACGUCUAACAUGUCGGCCCCGGGAAUACUCUCCUUUUCAUUCGCAGCCACUCAUCCUGAUGGUGUUGGCAUUGGAUACUCACUCUCUCCGAAACAACUUUCAUUUACUGUUUCUGCGUUCACGGAGUGUAAGCGCCCCCUGGCUGGAGAUCAAGCGUGCGAGGAAACAAAUGUUGCUAUUGCAUUUGCGAAUGCUAUCGAAGAUGCAGUGAAAGACCUCUAUGAUCGCACGGCACUUCCACUCCAGUCGAAGCUUUAG